AUGUCUCAAGCUCGAAAUAACCUUCAGAUAAGGUGUGCAGAGAACAUCGCACUUGCCUUAAUACUGCAUACAGUUCCUUCGCCACCCACAGAUAAUAAAUGGCCUAACAAUGUAUCACAUAAUCUGCAGAAGAAAUACUCGCUACCAUUCGAUAAAGAGCGCAGUCUGACCGGGAUCAUAGCAUUUCUCUCGAGCUUAAGAGAUGACCCGGACCACAUCCCAGCGGUAUGCGUCAGAGAAGACCCUGAUGGAGGUGGCCUGAAUGUCAUUGUCGCGGUCAAUAAACGUCGAGAGAGUGAUGGCAAUAGUCUUCUCCAAGACUUGAAAGGAGGUUUUGAACAAAUCUUUCAAACUCUUGCGGGUGCCUUCAUUCUCUCUCAGGACAACGAGCAUCAACAUGAUCAUUCUAAUAUUAAAAGUGAUCCUUUUACGGAGAUUGUUUCUAUGUGCUCUGCUCGCAUACUAAAUCGACUACAUCUCAGAAAUUCCUCAAAGAAAAAUAUCAAGCAGGUCCUGGUGGAGAUCAUAAACUUUGAAGCUCGCUUAGGAAAAAAUAACCGGAAAAUCAAAAUCACGACUAAAGUUAGGACUUCAUUUGUGACAGCAGCCAAGAGAGUGGUCAAAUUAGUUGACUUGUGGUUGAAGCAUCAAACUACGAGUCGCUUAGAGGACCUUGUUGAAGGUGUCUAUGCGUUAUACAAGACGCAUGCAACUCGUAGCAUGCUUAAUGCUAUGACUCAUAAAGAUAUGGACCCAUCGCUAAAGGCGAGUCUUAUUAACAUGAUUGAUAAGGUUGCGAGGUAUCGGCAAGCUAGUAAAUCACUUUAUCGGAUGGCAAAAGAAUACCCUAUUGUGAGGCGGAUGAAGUUCGUUCCUGUCAACCUUCCUCAAGAAGCCUUUGAAUCACCACCAAUUGAUCAAUACCAACCUAAUCUUGCGUCAACCAUUUCACGAAUUGAUCCAAAGUAUUCCAAGAAAGAAAAUAUUGAUCAGCUCCGUCGCCUUUUGAAUACUAAAGAGACAAAUGUCAAAGAGACAAAUGUCGAUGAUGAAUUCUCGAAAAAAACGCUGAAAAUAUUGGAAUAUGCAAAAGUGCACGCCGAAAUCCAACUUAUUGCAUACUGCGAGCUUCUGAUUCCAAAUUUUCCACCACGGGUCAUCUGCUCUAGCAAAGACGCCUGUUAUCUCUGUAAUAUCUGCAUUGCAGUAUAUCAGAAAAAUAUGCAUAUACCUCGAUGUCACGGGAGAUUGUGGCCUAAUUGGAGAAUACCACCCCUCCCCCAGUUAGUUACCACCCAGCAGAACUUUACUACGACCUUCGAAAGAAAUAUCAAAGAGAGCCUGGGCGCUCUUCAACUGAGACAGAAAAGGACUAAUUACCCUCAGCCCAACGAGAGCACGCUCCUUACGCUAUCGUCAGUUAGAACUUCUCGUAGUAUGAAUUGCCCCGGAGAGAAACAGACAGGUUCUCAACUAGGAAUACACCACACGAUACCUGCGCUAGACAAUUCUUUAUUAGUAGACGGAAAUGAUCGCUCGUCGCCCGCUAGACGACGGCCGGAUACUGCUGUCGGAGGAUCACUGGUACAAAUCGAUAGUACCUUCGAGUCAAAUAGCUCGACUUUGACCUCUCAGUCAGUUACCUCCUACUACUAUCUUUCUCAAGGUGAGAUUUUGAAGAAGUCGACAAUGUUACGCAAGACAUCGCAGCUAUAUACCGCGGGUCAAUUAGAAGUUCAGAUCGAGAUCGAGGCUCCGAAAAGCUUAGUAGAGAAGGCUAAAAAAAACGCAAGCCUUUAUUCAUACAAUAUCGAAUGGCUAAUGGCCGAAAGUCCAGAGAAGAGGCUAGAUCGAUGCCAUUCAACGUGUGUUGUAGAUGUGGAAUCUCUAAGAGGUGAAAUCUCUCAUGAAUUGUGCAGCCAGAAGAGUCUCGAUAUCCUUACAAACGACGCUGUGUUACGACUAAGUUUUUAUCCAGGUUUGCAGUAG